AUAGAUAAUGAAUCAGAGCGAUGGCCAGGUCGAAAGAGAGUACUAAAAAGGAUGAGCCGCCGCCUUACAGAGAGUACAUGCAGCUCAGGUCAAUGUCGAGGCGUUCACCCCCGCCUUACUCGCAAGUAAAUGACUCUGUGCACACGAACUCGCGCGGUGACUGCGUUUCCGACGUUAAAGGCGUAAAAAAGGUAAAGCAUGAAGAAAAGAAGCCAGACCCGCCGACGAUAGAACUAAGAAGCGGCUGCGACAAAUUUCCAAGAUGCAGAUUGAUUAGCUGCUGCAUCAGCGCACUGUUGACAGCCCUUGUCUGCUAUCUAUUGGUCACCCUAUUGUUCCCUUAUCCUCUGCACGCGUCCUGCACCGUUAAAUGGAAGUUCAAAGACCCCUGCACCUACGUCAUGCAGAAGUUCAGGUGUCAGCUCCUCAACUGGUCAUCGAAUGUGAACUGUGGCCCCCGUGCUGGCAAGUGUCUCUACAAACUCAGUGAACCGAAAUCAGACGAGAGCAACAUAAUCAGAGCGACUCACACGGGAUUAGACAUGAGGACUAUGGAGACCAUGAAGAUCACAUUUGAGAACAUGAACAGAAGCUGUCUGGCAACGGGCGAAUCUGUGUCGAACGAUUGGUUCAGAGUAUUCGAUUACGGGACCAAUUAUUGCAACCUGAGGAACCUGGUGACCGGGAUUGGCUUCGAGAAGAGCCCGAGGUUCUUCGAGCUGACUACGAACGCGAUCUGCACGCAGUACAACACGGAGACCUGCUAGCUACCUGGUUUUUCACGUUUCUAAUAAUCUUUAAGGCUUUUUGGAGAAGAUGAAUUAUAGAGACAGUGUACAUUCGAUUCUGAUGUCUUUACUCGAUCUUAAAACGCGAGGUUUUACAAAAAUAAAUUACAACUACGCCUGA